AUGGAUUUGCUUCACCUCAACACUCUUCAAAGUCUUUCACUGCUGGACGGAACUCGCUUGGGUCAAACAAUUCAGGAGCUGAAUACAUUGUACCAAACGGAACUAAAUGUGUUUUUGAACUUUGGAAAUGGUUCUGAUAUCUUGGAAGCAGCACGGCAGCCUUUUGUACCCACUCUUUCGAUCAAACGUUCAGAAAACCAAAUGGUCCUGGAAGGAAAUUUCAGUAGUUGCACCCUUACUGUUUUGUAUCUGGAGGAUGAGUAUCUGUAUCGUGAUCUUAACUAUCUUAUGCAAUGGCUUUGGAAAUAUCAUCACCUUCAAGUGUUAAUAUUUUUAAAAGGAGGAACUUUUAAAAAAAUAACUCAAGUAUUCAGUUAUUGCUUUAAUAAAGGAUUUUUCAAUUUACUUGUAAUGUUACCGGAUUCGGAAGGAAUCUACAGCUUUAUGCCCUAUCAUGAAUUGCGUAUUUUGCACUUUAAAAGCGUCAAGGAGUUUUAUGAUCACUCUCGUAAGAAAAUCGAUUUUAAUGGAUAUAAUAUUACCAGUGGUCUUGUAACAGCGGGAGCUCCUCGUUGGUUUUCCUUCAGAGAUCGUCAUAACCGAUUAAUCCUAUCGGGAUAUAUGCUUCGGAUUAUUGUGGAUUUUACAAAUCAUUUUAAUGGAACCGUUCGCCUAAGGGAUGUGGUAACUGUAAAUGAUGGCCUUCAACUUUUGGCCAAUCGUUCUAUAGACUUCUUUCCCUUUCUAAUCAGACCGCUUGAAAAGUUCGCAAUGACAAAUAUUCUUUAUCUGGAGAACUGUGGGCUUAUAGUACCCUCGUCAAGACCUUUACAUAAAUGGGUUUAUUUGAUCAAGCCCUAUUCAUUUAGCACCUGGAUUACUUUGCUUAUUAUGCUGAUAUACUGCUCCUUGGCUUUUAAGAUUUUAACCGGAGGACAAAUAAGUCUCAGCGCCUCCUUUUUGAAAAUUCUUCGAUUGGUAUUGUAUCUCUCAUGUGGCAGAGAUAUGGGAAAACGACCAUCUCAUCAUCGUUUCGUACUCUUUAUAAUAUUAAUAGGCUCAGGAUUUAUAUUCACCAAUUUGUAUCUGGCUCAACUUUCGAGUAACUUGGCUGCAGGACUCUACGAAAAACAAAUAAACACUUGGGAAGAUUUGGACGAAACUGAUGGAAUCUGGCCUUUGAUAGACGUGGACAUAACAACUAUGGAAAAACUUAUCCCCGAUCGAAAGAAACUACUGAAACGCAUAGUGCCCACAUCUGAGGCAGAUGUAGAUAUAUAUCGAAGGAAUCUAAACACAAGUUGUAUUCACUCAGGAUUUUAUGAUCGCAUUGAGUUUGCUCUGUACCAGCAGCAAUUUUUAAGACAUCCCAUUUUUCGGAAAUUUCCACACAUUCUGUACCAGCAACCUCUUCAAAUUUCAGCUGCAUUCGAGCGUCCUUACUUGCAGUUAUUCAAUUGGUUUGUCAGAAAAAUUUUCGAAAGUGGAAUUUAUCUAAAAAUGAAGGACGAUGCCUAUCGACAUGGAAUUCAAAGCGGCUUAUUGAAUUUCGGUUUUCGUGAUCGGCAUUUGGAAGUGAAAUCGAAUGAUGUGGAAUAUUAUUACCCGAUUGCUGUAUUGUGGUUGGGUGGCUUGACUUUAGCCACCAUAACCUUUCUCAUUGAAUUGCUUAUGGGAUCAACUAGAAUUAAUGUUACUAUAGACUUUAGUACUAAAGAUUGA